AUGAUGGAACCUGAGGAGUACAGAAGGAGAGGAAAGGAGAUGGUGGAUUACAUCUGCCAGUACCUGAGCAGCGUGCAGGAGCGGCGGGUGACUCCGGAUGUGAGGCCUGGCUACCUGCGGGCCCAGCUGCCCGAGAGUGCGCCCGAGGAGCCCGACAGCUGGGACAGCAUCUUUGGGGACAUUGAACGAAUCAUCAUGCCCGGGGUGGUACACUGGCAAAGCCCCCAUAUGCACGCCUACUACCCAGCUCUCACCUCUUGGCCAUCAUUGCUGGGAGACAUGCUGGCUGAUGCCAUCAACUGCUUGGGAUUUACCUGGGCUUCCAGCCCUGUGUGCACGGAACUGGAGAUGAAUGUCAUGGACUGGCUGGCAAAAAUGCUGGGGCUUCCAGAGCACUUCCUGCACCACCACCCUGGCAGCCAGGGGGGAGGCGUCUUGCAGAGCACAGUCAGUGAGUCCACCUUGAUCGCCUUGCUGGCAGCAAGGAAGAACAAAAUCCUGGAAAUAAAAGCGUCUGAGCCCGGGGCAGAUGAGUCUUCCCUGAACGCCCGGCUUGUUGCCUAUGCCUCCGACCAGGCCCACUCCUCGGUGGAAAAGGCUGGUUUGAUUUCUCUGGUCAAGAUGAAAUUCCUGCCUGUGGAUGACGACUUCUCACUCCGAGGGGAAGUUCUUCAGAAAGCCAUCAAGGAGGACAGAGAACAGGGCUUGGUGCCCGUCUUUGUCUGUGCCACCCUGGGGACCACUGGGGUCUGUGCAUUUGACCGCCUGUCAGAGCUGGGCCCCAUCUGUGCCAACGAGGGGCUGUGGCUCCACAUUGAUGCUGCCUACGCAGGCACUGCCUUCCUGUGCCCUGAGUUCCGGGGGUUUCUGAAGGGCAUCGAGUAUGCCGAUUCCUUCACCUUUAAUCCUUCCAAGUGGAUGAUGGUGCACUUUGACUGUACGGGGUUCUGGGUCAAGGACAAGUACAAGCUGCAGCAGACCUUCAGCGUGAACCCCGUCUACCUCAGGCAUGCCGACUCGGGUGCGGCCACCGACUUCAUGCACUGGCAGAUCCCCCUGAGCAGGCGGUUUCGCUCUAUUAAACUCUGGUUUGUGAUCCGGUCCUUCGGGGUGAAGAAUCUUCAAGCGCACAUCAGACAUGGUACUGAAAUGGCUAAGUAUUUUGAAUCUCUGGUCAGAAACGAACCUUUCUUUGAAAUUCCUGCCAAGAGGCACCUUGGCCUGGUGGUUUUUCGUCUAAAGGGUCCUAAUUGCCUCACAGAAAGUGUGUUAAAGGAAAUAGCUAAAGCUGGCCGUCUCUUCCUCAUCCCAGCCACUAUCCAGGACAAGUUGAUCAUCCGUUUCACUGUGACAUCCCAGUUCACCACCAAGGAUGACAUCCUGAGAGACUGGAAUCUCAUUCAUGAUGCUGCCACUCUCAUCCUGAGUCAACAUUGUACUUCCCAGCCUAGCCCUCAGGGGGGGAACCUCAUCCCCCAAACCAGGGGCCCCAGAGCCUUGGCCAAGGAACUGUCCUUUCCAUCUGUCAACGGGGCAGGAGAUGACCCAGUCCAGGCCAGGAAGAUCAUCACGCAGCCUCCACAUGUGGGAGCCAGUCCUGUGAGAGGGGAAGGCAGCUGCCACCUUGAAACCCUGCUGGACCCACUUGAUGACUGCUUUUCAGAAGAGGCCCCAGACCUCACCAAGCACAAGCUGUCCUCCUUCCUGUUCAAUUAUUUGUCUGUGCAGAAUAAGAAGAAGGCAGUGCGUUCCCUCAGUUGCAACAGCGUGCCUGUGGGCGAUCAGAAGCCACUGCCCACAGAUGGCUCUGUGAAGAAUGGCGGCUCCUCCCGGGUCAGAAUCUUUUCUAGGUUUCCAGAAGAGAUGAUGAUGCUAAAGAAAAGUGCCUUCAAAAAACUAAUCAAGUUCUACAGUGUCCCCAGCUUUCCUGAAUGCAGCUCUCCAUGUGGGCUCCAGCUGCCCUGCUGCCCUCUGCAGGCAAUGGUUUAG